GCACGUCCCCGCUGACCUGCUCCUCCCUCCGUGUCCCACAGGCCCCAGGGAGCGCCAUGGCCCGCGCACGCCAAGAGGGCAGCUCGCCGGAGCCCGUAGAGGGCCUGGCCCGCGACGGCCCGCGCCCCUUCCCGCUCGGUCGCCUGGUGCCCUCAGCCGUGUCCUGUGGCCUCUGCGAGCCCGGCCUGUCCACUGCCCCCGCCGCCCCUGCCCUCCUGCCCGCUGCCUACCUCUGCGCCCCCACCGCCCCGCCCGCCGUCACUGCCACCCUGGGGACCCCUCGCUGGCCUGGGGGACCCCGCAGCCGGCCCCGAGGCCCGCGCCCGGACGGUCCUCAGCCAUCACUCUCGCCCGCGGAGCAGCACCUGGAGUCGCCCGUGCCCAGCGCACCGGGGGCCCUGGCGGGUGGUCCCACCCAGGCGGCCCCGGGAGUCCGGGGGGAGGAGGAGCAGUGGGCCCGAGAGAUUGGGGCCCAGCUGCGGCGGAUGGCGGACGACCUCAACGCGCAGUACGAGCGGCGGAGACAAGAGGAGCAGCAGCGACACCGUCCCUCGCCCUGGAGGGUCCUAUACAAUCUCAUCAUGGGACUCCUACCCUUACCCAGGGGCCACAGAGCCCCUGAGAUGGAGCCCAAUUAGGUGCCUGCACCUGCCCGGUGGACGUCAGGGACUUGGGGGGCAGGACCCUCCCACCUCCUGACGCCCUGGCCAGCGCAGGGGACUUUUUCUGCACCAUGUAGCAUACUGGACUACCAGCCCUGCCUGUCCCACGAGUGGGCCAGGGCAGCCACUCCAGCCCCAGCCCAGCCUGGGGUGCACUGAGAGAGAUGUGGACUCCUGGGUCCCUGGCAGAGAAGCCAGGGAAGGGAGGGCUGACGGACUCAGCAUCUGAAAGCAGCGGUGACCGAGGGGGUGGGAACUGAGCCACCCGCCUCUGCUGCCCACCACCAUCUCAGGAAAGGCUGCUGGUGCUGGCUGACCGUUCCAGCUGCAGGGGUGACACUGGGGGAUCUCCUCCCAGUGAUCCUUCACUUUGGGCCUGGCUUCAGGCCCAUGGUGCUUCCCCCCCUCCUCCUGGGGAGGGGGCCUGUGAAGAGCAAAUGAGCCAAACGUGACCACUAGCCUCCUGGAGCCAGAGAAUAGGGUGCGUCUGAGGGCUGUCUCAGCCAAGCGCCCAGCCAUCUUCCCUGAGCCAGCUGGCAGGUGGUGGGCAUGCCUGCCUCACCUUCAUCUGGGGCUGGCCAGGAGGGGCCCAGACUGUGAAUUCUGUGCUCUGCCCAUGACCACCCCCCCACCCCUAUCCCCAUCAAUCCCAUUGCAUAGGUUUAGAGAGAGCACGUGUGACCACUGGCAUUCAUUUGGGGGGUGGGAGAUUUUGGCUGAAGCUGCCCCAGCCUUAGUCCCCAGGGCGAAGUGCUGGGGGGAAGAUGGGGAGUCAGGGAGGGGGGAAUCUCAGAAGAGGGAGGAGUCUGGGGGCGGGAGGGAUGGCCCAGCCUGUAAAAUACUGUAUAUGCGCUGCUGUAGAUACCGGAAUGAAUUUUCUGUACAUGUUUGGUUAAUUUUUUUUGUACAUGAUUUUUGUAUGUUUCCUUUUCAAUAAAAUCAGAUUGGAACAGUG